AUGGCCUUCAAGAUUGAUCCUGAUCCUGGACAGCAAAUAGUGGCUUUGUUCAAGCUGACUGACUGGACUGAGCCAUGGCUGGUGGCAUUGAUAUCAUUCCAUUUGUUGCUGAUGGCCCUAAACUUGAAGUUCAGAAACUGUGGGUCAUUCCAGUUGUUUCUGUUUAUUGCCUUGUGUGAGUAUAAUGAUGUAGAAGUGUUGUCUGUGUACUUUUCUGAGAGCAUCAACCAGUUGGCGGCAGAGAACUGGAGAGCAUUUGCAAGGAAGCAGUAUUUUGACAGUUCUGGUCUCUUCAUAUCCGUGGUCUUCUCUACACCUUCCUUGUUCAACUGCAUGAUCAUUGUUGGCAAUUGGCUGUAUCAAUCAUCCCUGUUGAUGAUUCAAGUGAAACAAGCCCAAUUGUUGCAGCUGGAAGAGGAGAGUUUCCGGAAGGAAGCUGAAAGGGAGGAGAAACCUGUUGUUGUGAAACCCAGGCGCUCUGUCCGGGUCGUGAAACGAGCUUCUGUUGGCCAUUGA